AUGCAAGAGCCAUUCUCCUAUGUGCAGGAAGAAACAUGGGACCAAGUGUAUUCAAGAGAGGACGGAGAGCCUUAUAUUGAUGAUCACGAUAUUCCGGCCGGUGAGAAUUCGUCCAUCGGAUUCCAAUGGCUAUGCAGCGAUUCUGGUGGCGGUGGCGUCCGACCCGAAGCCUACAUGAUGCACUACGCCGCCACAAACGGUGUGCUGGCCCCGUCGAUGCGGGCUUUCCGUGAAAUGCAGAUCAUGUAG